CGCCCGCCCGCCUGCCGCCGGGCCGAGCCGGCGCCACGAUGGCCGAGAUGGGCAGCAAGGGGGUGACGGCGGGCAAGAUCGCCAGUAACGUGCAGAAGAAGCUCACCCGCGCGCAGGAGAAGGUCCUGCAGAAACUGGGGAAGGCGGAUGAGACGAAGGACGAGCAGUUUGAACAGUGUGUCCAGAAUUUCAACAAGCAGCUGACGGAGGGCACCCGGCUGCAGAAGGAUCUCCGGACCUACCUGGCUUCUGUCAAAGCCAUGCACGAGGCCUCCAAGAAGCUGAACGAGUGUCUCCAGGAGGUGUAUGAGCCCGACUGGCCUGGCAGGGAUGAGGCCAACAAGAUCGCCGAGAACAAUGACCUGCUAUGGAUGGACUACCACCAGAAGCUGGUGGACCAGGCACUGCUAACCAUGGACACCUACCUGGGCCAGUUCCCUGACAUCAAGUCACGCAUUGCCAAGAGGGGACGGAAGCUGGUGGAUUACGACAGCGCCCGGCACCACUACGAAUCCCUUCAAACCGCCAAAAAGAAGGAUGAAGUCAAAAUCGCAAAGCCUGUCUCGCUGCUUGAGAAAGCCGCCCCCCAGUGGUGCCAAGGCAAACUGCAGGCUCAUCUCGUAGCUCAAACUAACCUGCUCCGAAAUCAGGCCGAGGAGGAACUCAUCAAAGCCCAGAAGGUGUUUGAAGAGAUGAAUGUGGACCUGCAGGAGGAGCUACCCUCCCUGUGGAACAGCCGUGUAGGUUUCUAUGUCAACACGUUCCAGAGCAUUGCAGGCCUGGAGGAGAACUUCCACAGAGAGAUGAGUAAGCUCAACCAGAGCCUCAACGAUGUGCUGGUCAGCCUGGAGAAGCAGCAAGGGAGCAACACCUUCACAGUCAAGGCCCAGCCGAGUGACAAUGCGCCUGCCAAAGGGAACAAGAGUCCUUCACCUCCACCCGACGGCUCUCCUGCUGCCACCCCUGAGAUCAGAGUGAACCAUGAGCCAGAGCCGGCCAGUGGGGCCACACCUGGGGCCACCAUCCCCAAGUCCCCUUCUCAGCUCCGGAAAGGCCCACCCGUCCCUCCGCCUCCCAAACACACCCCAUCCAAGGAGGUCAAGCAGGAGCAGAUCCUCAGCCUAUUUGAUGACGCAUUUGUCCCCGAGAUCAGCGUGACCACCCCCUCCCAGUUUGAGACCCCGGGGCCUUUCUCGGAGCAGGCCAGUCUCCUGGACCUGGACUUCGACCCCCUCCCGCCCGUGGCCAGCCCUGUGAAGGCACCCACGCCCUCUGGUCAGCCAAUCCCGUGGGACCUCUGGGAGCCCACAGAGAGUCCAGCUGGCAGCAUGCCUUCCAGGGAGCCCAGCGCUGCCGAGGGCACCUUUGCCGUAGCCUGGCCCAGCCAGACAGCAGAGCCAGGGCCUGCCCAACCAGCAGAGGCCUCCGAGGUAAUAGGUGGAGCCCAAGAACCUGGGGAGACGGCGGCCAGUGAAGCAGCCUCCAGCUCUCUCCCGGCUGUGGUGGUGGAGACGUUUUCAGCAACUGUGAACGGUGCUGUGGAGGGGAGCAGUGGGACUGGGCGCUUGGACCUCCCUCCAGGCUUCAUGUUCAAGGUACAGGCCCAGCAUGACUACACGGCCACCGACACAGACGAGCUGCAGCUCAAGGCUGGCGAUGUGGUUCUGGUGAUCCCCUUCCAGAACCCCGAGGAGCAGGAUGAAGGUUGGCUCAUGGGUGUGAAGGAGAGUGACUGGAACCAGCACAAGGAACUGGAGAAGUGCCGGGGUGUCUUCCCUGAGAACUUCACAGAGAGGGUGCAGUGACCCCUGACAGAGGAGCCCCUGCAGACUUCCGGGCGUGUGCGGAACACCUAUUCCUGACAAAAGACGUGUGUUUCUUUCUUUCUCUCCCUACCCCCUCUCUUUUCCUUUUUUGUUUAAAAAAAAAAAAAAACAACUUUUUUUUUUGAAAAGCAAAGGGAAAUGGAGAGAGGUGAGACCUAAGCCAAGAGGUGUUCUCCCAAAGAUGGUAUUUUCCAAAGAGCCAGGGCCGGCCAGGCUGGUGGACUUUGCCAGUGUUCUUCAAGCUGCUGUGGCCCCUAGUUGAGUUCCCGGCGCACCUCUCCUGUGCCCGCCCGCAUGUGUGCCCGGCUGCAGGGCGCGGGGCGCUGGGCCUCCGCUGCGCCUGCCUGUCGCUUGGCUGCCGCCCCCAGGCAGGGGUCCUCCUCUCCCGGCAGCUGCUGUGGGCGGGACCGCGGCCCAGCCUGGCCCCGCCCUGCAGACCAUCUGUGUGCUGUUUGAAAAAUAAGCCCUAGUGUUCAAAACAAAGCGAGACAAACAAGAAAACCUGACAAAAACCA